CUGAUCAUAGAUGCCUCUACUUGGAAGCCCCAUGGCUUGAUUAACUAUCCGGGUCUUGAGACCAAGUACCUAAUGGCGAAGCAAAGCGUUAACGAUCGCGGAAAUCUCUUGGUUGACCGGACGGCAUACAAGGCCGUUAACCUUUUCGAGUUCCUCUUCAACAAAUUCGUUUUCAGCGACCUGAAAUUUUCUGUAUCUUCACAGACCCCAUCAAAUGUCCAGAGCCGCAAGGCCUGCGAUAUUGUCAUCGAGGCCGAAACUCCGGAUAGAGCGUGGCAGACCCUCUGUUUUGCUGGAGCAAAGAGGGCCGCCAACCAGACCGAGUCGCUUGUCAAAGCUGUCGAGGAUCAGGCACUGGGCUACUGUAAAGACUUCCUGACAGCCAAUUCUGACAUUAACAAGGUGUUCGCCUGCACAAUCAUUGGCGCCUCCAUUCGCUGCUGGACGUAUUCCCAAGGGGACGAAGACCUUGUGGGUUUCUGGGAUGGCCAGUCCCGUGACAGCUACAGGUACUACCUCGACAUUGGCGAUGAUGCGAAUGUCGCCCGGCUGAACCACGCUUUCAAUUUCAUGAAGUCGAAUCCCGACCUCUCAGCUGCUGUACAGCAUGAGUCAUGA